AAUUAGUUCAAUAAGAAAAAAAAAAAAGAGAUUUUUAUCGUUAAAUGGGCUUCUUCAAACUUGGUUGUUGGGCCGAUCCUCAUCAUCUCUCUGCCCCAAUGAAAAUUGAAAAGGCUAAACUUUUCGACUCCAGAACUGAAGUCGUGAGGCAGUCCAGACUUCGCCAUCGAAACCUCUCUUAAGCCUUCCGUUCUCGAUCAGUUGGCAUAGCAAUGUUGAUCCACCGGUCACCAUUUGCCAGAAACCUUGCCUUCCACCUUUGCUUCUUCUCUCAAGCUGCUGCACUCGAGCUAUCUUCGUCUUCACCGUCGUUGACAGCAGAGCCGCUGACCUACCUUUCAAGUUUUAUUUAUUAUUUAUUUAUUAUUAUUUUUUUUGGGUGGCACUUUAACAUGCUUGUAUUCAGCAAGGUUGAAACGUUGUAUGCCCAAUCUUUCAAAUUAACCCAUACAACUAAC